ACCCACACCCUUUCCUACGCCUCCAGUAUCUCUUCCUCCGUCUCCCGACGGCGAAACCCUAGCUAGCUCUCAGCCUCCCCGAUGGCCUCGCACCUCGACUUCCGCUACCUCGAUGAGGGCCUCGGCGGCGAGCGCGGCAAGCGCAAGCGCCGGGAGGAGGAGGAGGCCGCCGACUCCAUGGACCUCGACACCGACGUUCCUCGGCCGUCCAAGCUCCGCGCCGUGCCGUCCCUGUCCGACCCCUCCAAGCCUGCGGCCUUCGGUCAGCCCACCUACGACGGCGUCAUCGCCGGGCGCGUCUCGGGGCGGAACUGGAAGGAGCCCCGCACGCGCCGCUCCUCCGCGGUGAUGGUGUCCCGGAAGCCCGUCCCGCUGGAACAGCGCGUGAAGGACAAGUCCCUGAAGAAGGCGUACCAGGCGCGUGUGGCGGAGCUCAAGGAUGAGAUCCGGCAGAACAAGAUCGCCAAGAGGGAGAAGCGGGAGGAGCGGGAGAAGCGCAAGAAGGAGAACGUGCUGCGCACGGGCACCAGGUUGCAGAAGGUCACCAACCCCAAGACGAUUCAGAAGAUCGCCAAGUCCAAGAAGCGCAAACAGCUCAGGGUUGUCUCUGACGAUAUCUUUGCUGGUGGCAAGAAGUCCGAGGCCAGCCGCCGGAUGCAGGUGCCUGGCCUGGAUAACUGAGAAUCCACUUAUCCUAUUAUCUUUGAUGGUACCUGUGUUACAGUGCAGCUUAGUUUACAUUGUGUAACAGCGAUUUUGUACUGCUUUUCAUUUGCUAUGAGUUCUGUUAUGAUCAGUCAUGUGCUUCCAGUUACAUUGGUAUAAUAUAUGAAAUUAUCGAGCAAUGUUCGGCAAGCCA